AUGUCGCCUACUUCGUACCGCAUUAACGUCGAUGAGUCUCGCCUCGAGGAUCUCAAGAAAAGGCUUGAUCUCGCAUCGUUCCCUGAUGAGAUAGAGGAUGGAGGGUGGUCUUAUGGAAGCCCUUUAGCCGACGUCAAGAGACUCACGUCGUAUUGGCGAAAUCAGUAUGAUUGGAGAAAGGUAGAGGCCCAGCUGAAUGAGCUACCCAACUUCGAGACGACUGUCACUGUUGAUGGUUUCGGAGACAUCGAACUUCAUUUCCUGCACCAGCCAAGUUCUGCACCAGACGCUGUUCCUCUACUCUUCGUUCAUGGUUGGCCCGGCAGCUAUCUCGAGGUGUCCAAGAUGCUUGCAGCUUUGUCGACAAGUGCCAAUUCUGUCAGCUUUCACGUCGUCGCACCGUCUCUGCCAAAUUUUGGAUGGAGCGCAGGUGUCAAGAAGAAAGGGUUUGGACUCGGUCAAUAUGCAGAAGCAUGCCAUCGCCUCAUGCAAUCUCUCGGCUAUGAUAAAUAUGUUACUCAAGGUGGUGACUGGGGAAUGUACAUUACGAGGAGCAUUGGCCUGCUCUACAGAGACUCUUGCUUGGCUUCCCACAUCACUAUGGUUCGCGCUGAUCCGCCGGAGCUCUCUACUAGCCCACUACUUGCUAUCCAACAUGCUUUGACUCCGUACACAGAGGACGAACAUAAAGGACUCGCUAGAAGUGAUUGGUUCAAUAAAGAGGGAACUGGAUACAGGUUGAUCCAAAGUACAAAGCCUCAGACUGUUGGUUAUGCACUUGCCGACAGUCCAGUAGCCCUGCUCGCCUGGAUCUAUGAGAAGCUCCACGACUGGACAGAUGAUUAUCCGUGGACCGACGACGAGAUAUUGACCUGGGUUUCGAUUUACUGGUUUUCGAGAGCAGGUGUAGCAGCCUCACUCAGGAUCUAUUACGAAGCCACACACACGUCGACCCAGGUGACGAGAGAACGCAUUCACCGCUACAUAGACGGUGUGAAAUUAGGGCUGUGCUAUGCGCCUAAGGAACUCAGUCUCCUUCCCCGAGCUUGGGGAAGAACUCUCGGUCCAGUGGUUUUUGAGAGCGAGAAGAAACAUGGAGGCCACUUUCUUGCCCACGAAGAACCAGAAGAGAUUGUUGCUGACCUUCGAGCCAUGUUCGGGUCUGAUGGUCCCUGCCACAACAUACUCAAGUCCUAG